AUGGCCUCUAGCAUUAGUCGACUACAACCUAUACUUCAUGCAUCCAGGCUGUGCCUGCGAGUGCAACCAUUGCUGCUUAACCCUGCUGUGGGGUCAGCUUUGAUUCAGCACAGACUGUACUCUGUAAGCGCCAAAUCAACGCCAGAGGCGCCAAAGGACAUUACAAACACGGAGAAGCCUGAAGAAGUUUCAAAGAUGGCCAGUGCGAUCGCACCUUCAAAAGCAAAGCCGAAGGAGCCACUCAUGCAGCGGAUCAAGCACGAAAUUCGCCACUAUGUCAACGGAACAAAGCUGCUCGGCUACGAAAUCAAGAUUUCUACAAAGCUGCUGGUAAAACUAGUGGAGGGCUACGAGCUCUCAAGACGUGAGAAAAACCAGCUGAAGAGAACUAUGGGUGACGUGUUUCGUCUGGUGCCCUUUAGCGCCUUCCUCAUCAUUCCCUUUGCAGAACUCCUGCUACCAAUUGCUUUGAAGAUAUUCCCAAAUCUUCUGCCUUCCACUUAUGAGUCCGGAAGUGACAAACAGCUCAAAAAGCAGAAGCUGAACGACAUCAGAAAAAAUACCUCAAACUUCCUUCAGGAAACAAUUGAAGAAUCGUCUUUGAUAAGCUAUAAGUCCAUCGAAAGCAUCGAAAAGAAGAAGAAGUUUCUGCAUUUUUUCAAAAAAUUGAACUCCCCUAAGGACGGCAAUCAAAAUGUGUUCACACAUGAUGAGAUUUUAGCGGUGGCACAAAUGUUUAAAAAUGACAGUGUUCUUGACAAUUUGUCCAGACCUCAAUUGGUUGCCAUUGCGAAGUACAUGUCUUUGCGACCUUUUGGAAAUGACAAUAUGUUGCGUUACCAAAUUCGCUACACUCUCAAAACCAUCAUGGAGGAUGACAAAGUCAUCGACUAUGAGGGUGUUGAAGCUCUCUCAAAUGAGGAGCUUUAUCAGACCUGUAUCUCUCGUGGUAUCAAGACAUUUGGUGUUAAACGUGAAGAACUCAUCAACAACAUGAACAUGUGGUUGGAAUUGAGACUAAGACACAAAGUGCCAAGUGUGCUUUUGAUGCUCAGCAGCGCCUACACAUUUGGAGGUAUCCAGCAGCAAGAUAACAAUUUGCACUCCACUUCAGCUCAAAAAGUUGACGACAACCAGUUUAAUAAACUCAUGGAUCUAUACUAUGACGGUAUUUUACAGGUUUUAUCAUCUAUUCCAGAUCCGGUGUACAAUGUCGCAAAACUUGACGUGAGCGAAAGUAAAGAACAGAAACUUGCUGAGGAAAAGACGCCUGCCGAAGAGGAGAAAGCGACGGCCCCGAGUCAUGGCCACAACGAAGCCGCAAAGCCUGUAUCUGACGUUUCAGCAACUGUUCUCAAGGGUGAGAAUCUCGAAUCGGAGAAACCAACAACCGAAAUAGAGUCGAAGAAAGAGGCCGAAGCUGAGGAAGAAGAAGAGCCCGAGUCUCGCUCUGAUGACAAUGAGUUUAAAUUAAACGUUUUGAAAGAACAAGAAGCAAUGAUCAAAAAAGAGGAGGAAGAAGCAAGAAAGAGAACUACAUCUAGACAAGCCAUCGAUGACGAUAUCGUGUUGGAUGACGACGCUUCUAAUCCUCCGGUUCCUAUUAAAGACGCCGCCGAAGUCUCUUUAACGAAAAAAGAAUAG